AUGAACUUGAUGCACAACCACCCCUUGUUCCAAACCAAGCCGACGAUGAAAGCUCACCCUGGUGUAUCCAAAUCUCGAAUUCUGGAAGCACUACAAAAGAGCGGUGAUCUUAACGCGUUUACGUCCGAUCCGCGCAAGCUGACGGGAAAACAAAUCAUUAGCCACUACCAACGCUCAAGUGGCGAGAUCAUUUCGACGUCCUCGGCCAGCCGUGCCAAACAAGAUCUUAUCCAGAACUUGUAUGGAUCAGUCGAAGUUGCGUUCGAAAAAGUCGCCGCGUACUUUGAACUGGUGAAGUCGAGAAUCCCUGGAACGUUUGGAUUAGUCGAAACCAGGAAUGGAGCAUUUUUGCGAAGCACACACUCGUUCCCAGGUUUUGCACGGAAGGGUUUUCAAACUGCCAAAAUUUGA